AUGCUUGAUAAACUCAUUGAUCUGACCAAGAUGGCCGGACUCAAAGUGAAUUCGAGCAAAACAAAAUGGAUGUCAAACAACCGUAAUGGACAGCAGCUCGGAGUCAAUGAUGAAGAAAUUGAGCUGUGUCGUCGUGUGUCGUCGUCUUUCAUAUAUUUGAGCCAACUUAAGGCCACCAAUGCCUUUACUGCUGAAAUUUCCAUCCCCUGCGCUAAUAUCGUGCACUUCACUUUUGAUGGUGUCGAAAUGAAUGCGGUCUUGUCAGCACUAGUCGCCCAAGGGAAAGCUAAGGCUGGCGAAGGUCGAAUUAAGGUCGAUGGCACACCUGUCAGGAAGACCUCGUCUUACGUUAACAUCGGACGCUCCUUGAACACGGACAACGACAUGAAGGGGAAAUCGGUAAGGCGACAGAAAGCAGCGUGGGUGGCCUUCAAAAUCAAUUCGAUUCAAAAUCAAUUCAAGAGGUCACCAACUAUCCGCCUGAUCCGGAACUUCGCGCUAGUCUGUUCAACGCCGCAGUUCUUCUUGCGCUCUCUUGCGCGUCGCAGACUUGGGUGA